UUUUUGAUGGUUUCCAAUCACAAGAAAGAGAUGAAGAUGGAGCCCAAUUGCAUCUUUGGGCUGGUGUUUCUCUUAGUGAUUGUACAGCAGGUUUCUAGCUCUGGUGUCUUCCAGCUGGAGCUUCAUGAAUUUAAGAAUGUCAAUGGGGUGCUGGCAAAUGGGGGGUCGUGUUUGCCCAACUGCAGGACCCUCUUCAAGAUUUGCUUAAAACAUUACCAGACGGUGUUAUCUCCAGGACCCUGUACCUUCGCCAGUGUGAUCACCCCAGUUCUUGAAUCCGACUCCUUUCCCAACAAAAUCAGACUGCCCUUUAACUUCGCAUGGCCGAAAACCUUUUCACUGAUUAUUGAAGCUUUUCACUCUCCAGCGGUCCAAAGUGCCUCUCAAGAAGAACUACUGAUUAAUCGAUUUGAAAUCCAGAAUUCACUGAAUGUGGGCGAAGAAGGGCCCAAAGUUGUCCUGUUCGGAAGGCAGCAGGUUAAACUUGAAUAUUCUUACAAAGUUGUCUGCAGUGAACACUACUAUGGAGAAAGCUGCUCUAGACUCUGCAAGCCCCGUGAUGAUCACUUUGGGCACUACAUUUGUGAACCUGAUGGAAGUGUGUCUUGUCUGAAAGGAUGGAGAGGAGAAUAUUGCACAGAACCGAUAUGUCUGGAAGGAUGUAGUGAGCAAAAUGGAUAUUGCAAGAGUCCUGGAGAAUGCAAUUGUCAUUCAGGCUGGCAAGGACGUUUCUGCAAUGAAUGUAUUCCUCAUAAUGGAUGUCGACACGGGACUUGUCAAAUCCAGUGGCAGUGCAUCUGUGAUGAGGGUUGGGGUGGCCUCUUCUGUGAUCAAGAUUUAAACUACUGCACCCACCAUAAGCCAUGCAAAAAUGGAGCCACGUGUAUGAAUACUGGACAGGGCAGCUACACAUGUUCUUGCCGGGCAGGUUUUACUGGCGUCAACUGCGAGGAAAAGAUUAAUGAAUGUGACAGUAAUCCUUGCAGGAAUGGGGGCAGUUGUACGGAUGUUGAAAGUGGCUAUGUAUGCGAGUGUCCUCAGGGGUAUUAUGGAACCCACUGUGAAAACACUGUGUUAAAUUGUGCCGAUUCCCCUUGUUUUAAUGGUGGUACCUGUCGAGAGAGAGAACUGGGCGCCAGCUACUCGUGUCACUGCCCAUUGGGAUUCACUGGAAAUAACUGUGAGAAAAAAGUUGAUAGAUGCACCCACAAUCCCUGCCUAAAUGGUGGACAAUGUCUUAUUAAUGGUUAUACUCGACUGUGCCACUGCGCUUAUGGAUUUACAGGACCAACUUGUUCAAUUAACAUAAAUGACUGUGCUAGUCAUCCAUGUUCAAACGGAGGAACCUGCUAUGAUCUGCUUGGUGAUUUCUUCUGCAAGUGCCCUCCAGCAUUUACUGGCAAGACCUGUGAUAAAUUAAUCCCUGAGUGCACUCCCAAUACCUGCAAGAAUGGUGGAACCUGCCAUAUGGGGCCCUACGACAGUUUCCCUUUAUGUAUAUGCCUUGACAACUACAGUGGAAGAUUUUGUGAAUCCUCUGGAUCCACGACUACAAAAAAAGUUUGGGAGUUUCCUUGGGUUGCUGUGUUUAUGGGUGCUGGUUUGGUUGGACUCCUGGUCUUAAUGUGUAUGAUCUUAAUGGUUGUCAAGCACUUUCGUCAGCAACCAGUGCAGCACAGUAAAGCAAUGAAUAAUUUAUCUGAUUUUCAAAAAGACAAUCUAAUUCCACCAAAACAGCUUAAGAACAUAAACAAGAAGAAAGAUCUAGAAGUAGACUGUGGUCUACAGAAAUCAAACUACAAAAUGAAGAACCACUCACUAGACUGUAACCUUACUAAUGGUCAUAUAAGAGGUGUCAGUAGCGUCAUUGGAAAAGGUGACAAAUUCCAUUUAAGUGAAAAGUCUUUUGAAGAAGAGAAGUUUCCACUGAGUUUCCACAGUGAAAAGCCAGAGUGUAGAAUAUCAACGAUAUGUUCUCCAAGAGAUUCAAUGUACCAAUCAAUUUAUAUGAUAGCAGAAGAACGGAAUGAAUGUGUGAUAGCUACAGAGGUGUGAGACAAACGUUGAAUCUGCAAAUGUGCGGCUUCCUUAUUUUCCGAGGACUGCUGAGAUUGAAGGAGUGUGCAAGUAUGAUGUUUACAAUUCAGGACUCUGGACUUGAGGUGAAAAAUGAUUUUUUCCACAUGAAACUUGCUGCUUCAGAAGACAAUCUUUAAUCUGAGGGCGAUGAAGACUGUGAAUUUACUAGCAGUGAUACGAGAGCUUUCGUUAUUUAAACUUUUGAUUUAGAAGACUGAUCAACUGAAUGUAACAAAACUGGAGGACAUUGAAUAUACAAGGAAAUAUGACUAUACAGAAAAGAAAAA